GAGUGAGCAGCGCAGUGAGCGCAUUCAGCCGCCGGUGUCGAGCCCCUCCUUUCACAGCUAGCUACACGUUACCCGGGCGUACGCAUUGUAAAGCAAAUCUAUGUCGAAGUGGAAACAGUAAACCGCCCUUCGGCAGUUGUAGCAGAUGGUUAUAUUACUCUCCGCCAUGUUAGUCAGCUUCCACCGUGCCGCCUUAGCUAGUAGUGUUAGCAUUAAUACUGUCGCACGUAACGUUAGCUCCGGUCGGUAGCUAGUAUGUCGCCGUUUCCAUGGUGUCGGUGGCUUCAGGAGUCGCUUGCUCCUCAUUAGUCUUUCUGUCCUUGUCUUUGUUGAGAAAGCAAUGAACAAUGACCAUAGUUGACAGAUCUUCAGAAAAGUCUGACCACAAGUCAGUCGGGUGUAAGCGAUCUCCCUUCACCAGUGGUGACGUGGGGAUGGACGGCAGCUGUUCCAGCAGCUGGGCAGUGGGAGCCACCAUGCCCAGUGACUCUCCGAGGCUCAAGGCUUCAGGGGGCUGCCUGGGCCCAACGCCUGGAGCCGCAGUCUACAACAGUACCCCCUCCUCUGUGGACCGGCCUAAGGAGCAAGUGAUAAGCAGUGAUGAUGGCAUUGACUUGCCCCAGAAGGUCCUCUUCCCUCCAGAGCGGCUCAACCUGAAGUGGACCCAGGUCCACCGCAUUGGUGCGGGCUUGCAGAACAUGGGAAACACUUGCUUCCUCAACUCAGCCCUACAGUGUCUCACCUACACCCCUCCAUUUGCCAACUACAUGCUGACACGUGAGCACUCCAAAACGUGUCACGAGCCGGGGUUCUGUAUGAUGUGCACCAUGCAAAAUCACAUCAUUCAGGUUUUUGCCAACUCUGGGAAUGUCAUAAAGCCCAUUGGUGUGCUCAAUGAGCUCAAAAGGAUUGCAAAGCACUUCCGCUAUGGAAGCCAGGAGGAUGCCCAUGAGUUCCUGCGAUACACAGUGGAUGCUAUGCAAAAGUCCUGCUUACCUGGAACCAAAUUGGACAGGCAAACGCAGGCAACCACUUUCAUUCAUCAAGUUUUUGGCGGAUAUCUAAGGUCCAGAGUUAAAUGUUUAAACUGCAAAGCAGUCUCUGAUACAUUUGACCCUUUUCUGGAUAUUACUCUGGAAAUUAAGACGGCUCCCAGUGUCUCCAAAGCUCUCGAGCAGUUUGUCAAACCCGAACAGCUGGAUGGAGAAAACGCCUACAAGUGCACCAAGUGCAAAAAAAUGGUCACCGCCUCAAAGAGAUUUACCAUCCACCGCAACUCCAAUGUGCUCACCCUCUCACUCAAACGCUUUGCAAACUUUAGUGGAGGCAAAAUCACAAAGGAUGUGAAAUAUCCAGAGUAUCUGGACCUGCGUCCCUUCAUGUCUCAGUCCCAAGGGGACCCCCAGGUCUACGGGCUGUAUGCUGUGCUGGUCCACUCUGGAUUCAGCUGUCAUGCUGGACACUACUUCUGCUAUAUUAAGGCAAGCAAUGGGCAGUGGUAUCAGAUGAACGACUCCUCCGUGUCUGUCAGUGACAUCAGGUCUGUUCUCAACCAGCAGGCCUACGUCCUCUUCUACAUAAAGUCCAGUGAUGUGAAGAAUGCAGGGGACUACAGCCACAUGAGCCAUAACCCAGGCAUCCCUGGUCAGUCGUCUCCACGUCCGGUGGUGAUACCACGCAUCAACACCACUGUCCACCACAACAACAUUGGUUUCAUAGGUCCCCAGCUGCCACCACACAUGAAUAAGAGCACUCUCCACGUUAAUGGGAAUGGAUCUCUGAGGGACUAUCCAACUAACUCCAAGCCCAGCACCAGCAGCAGUGUUGUGGGAAAACCUAGUCAUGGACCAGCCUCAUCCACUUCUUCCAUAUCCCACUCAAUCAGCCGGCCCACAAUGAUCCCAGAUCAUGACAAACGGCAGAAGCUUUCAUUCUUUAUUGGACAAAGCAAACAGAACCGCCCGUCCUCGUCCUCUUACAGCCAGCCGUCCUCUGCCAGUAGCAGCUCCUCCUCCAGCUCUCUGUCCUCCUCACAGUCUACCUCAGACGUCCACUCAGACAUUCGCUUUGUUCCACGUCAGCUUCACCGCGUUAACGGCACGUCUUGUAGUAACGGGGAUCACCGCACCGGAGGCAAUGGAGCGUCAUUCUUGGUGCCGUACGGCCAAGAGUCUUCAGAGGAAUCGGACCAGGAGAACGGGGGCACUCUGGAUAAUGGCCGUUUAGCCAAGUCUCACCUUAAUGGAAACAACAGAGCAGGAGAGGUCUUCGAUAAUUCUCCUAAAGCCACCAACGGAGAGUCGGGAGUGCACCACAAUGGUAACGGAUUAAAUGGAUCAACCCAUGGCGUCUCUAAAUCCAGUCAAAAUGGGCACCAUUAUGGACACCACAAAGUGAAUGGACACAAAACUCCUGAUAAAGUCUCUGGCAGUAGUCAUAGCAGUUCAUCCUCAGUGGCUUCUGUUGCUGCUAAUGGGCUAGACAGCGACCAUAGUGAAACAAGCAACGAGGCACACACUUCUGUCUCAUCCCAGGCCAGUUCUUCUCAGAGCAUCCAUCCUGCUGCUAGUGAAAGCCUGCACCUCUCCACUCCUGACACAAGGGCUACAACUGUGUCUGAACCCCGGCCUCAGCUUACUGCCACCUCCACUCUUAGCUCUCCACCUUCAGCCACUGCUACAAAGACCCAUUCUGUCACAUCUAGAGAAUCUGCUUCCUCUUGCCCCGCGGCCUUAUCCAUCCCGCCAGACUGCUCUCAAGGCACCAGUGGGGCCUCUGCAGCUCUACAGAAUGUUAGCAAAAGUGGAGAUAAAGCAAUGGAUCUACCACAGACCAAUGAUCCGUCAGCAGGGACUGAAAGACGUACAGAUGCUAAGGAGCAACACCAGUCCAAGCCCAGUUCUAGAGGCAAUGACAGACAAAAUUCCCGUGACAAGGAGAGAGACAGACUGUACUCUGACUGGAGCAGAGACAAGGAGAGACACUACAGGGACAGGAGUCAGGAACGAGAAAGUGACAGUGACCGUCAUCGGUACAGACGGGACUAUCGAGAUCAUCAGCGCCCCUCAUACAGGGAUCGUUUACCUCCUCACGAUCGUAACUACAGGGACGGGGAGUCUGAGCGUCGCUGGGUGCGACCUGUUCACCAUCCCAGGGAGCGUGAUCGUGACAGGUGCUCUCACCAUUACCACUACUAUCACUACCAGCGGUCCAGAGAGGACAGGGGCCGUGGGCGGAGGGGGCACGGUUAUCUCUACCGUGACGAGUCUCGUAGUCGGUCUAGGUGGCAGGAGGAGAGUCGAGAAUCCCGGGGGGUAAAGGACAAGAGCAACGGCAGGGAAAGGGACUAUUACACGUCAAAGGAGGAGGCGUCCUCGCCUGCCACAGUGCCAGAAACCUCCACAAAGUCCAAGGGCUCGCCCUCUCGAGCUCGUCCCUCCACGUCUGAAUCUGCUCCAAACAGGGAGGAUCAAAAUCACAAGAGGACUACUAACCCCCUGAGCAAGGAGAGGGACGACAGCUCUGAGGCCCGUCGCUCUAAAAAACACAAAAAGAGCAAGAAAAAGAAGAAGUCAAAGGACAAAGAGCGACACCGUGAGAGUGGAAGCUCCGAUGUGGAUUCAGACAGAGCCACUGAAACAAAAAAGAAGAAGAAAAAGAGGAGGCAGCGGGACAACGAAGCCGAGCAGCACAGCCCAAGAGCAGCUCGGAAGAACGGAAGCAGUGAGGAGAAGGAGAGCCGCAAGCGACAUUACAAUGACAUCAAGGACACUAAACAUGACAAUGGUCUUUCGCCAGAAAAGCGCCGGCGCACAGACUAUGCUGAUGGCAGCAGUGACCGUCUGCUGCCCUCCCGCCACACCUCGCCCACAAAUGGUUCAACUCACCGCCAUGUCAACGGAUACACAGGAGUGGACAAACCAAUGGAGGGAGAUAUAUUCUUGAAUGAGACGGACGAGUGCAGUGGUGGGAGCAAGGCGUCGCUGACUGAUACCUCCACAUUAACCCUGGACAGACUUGAGGACAUUUCCCAGCAUUUUUAAUUUGUUUGUUUGUUUCCAUUUUGCUCUGGAGCCUAAGAUUCACUCUCUAAUUUCUAAACUUUUUCACAGAUGUGGAGGUUUUUGUUUAGAUCAUGCCCCUCUCAUCUCUCUCACUUUUCUUUUGUUUUAAACGUUAAAAAAAAAAAAAAGCAUACAGAAAUUUGUUAUCAUGGCUGUGGACCAUUUGUGUUUGCUUUUUAAUGAAAAAUACAGUUUGACUUCUAGCAUCAUAAAAAAAAUACUGUGAAUUUAAUUUUGAACUGUACUAUCAGUUACUUUUAUAUGUAAAAAAAUCCUGUAUCAGGGUUAUCAGUAGAUGUUUUGUUGUUUUGCUUCGUUUUUAGAAAUCCCCAUGUUAAUUUUGGACCAUAUUCUCUGGACUAAAGUCGCUAAUGAGUAUGGUUUGUUUUGUUUUUUGAUUUUUAAACUUUAGGCAGAAGUUGAAAAACUGCUGUUACAUCUUUAGUUUAGCAUGUCAGAAUUUAUACAUUGUAUAAGGUAAAAGCCUUAAAAUACAUUUGUUAAUGUCAGAAAUUGUAAUUUGUUCUUGGUCUUUUGACUUUGUUUACAAGCUGCAUUGAAAUGAAUGAAAAAUGCUGAUUGAGAUGAUUGAUGAGUUGCCAGGGAUUUUUGAAAAGCUCCUGUCUGCCUUUGUGUUUUAUUCUAGGAAUGGGCCGAUUGUAUUCAAGCCUCUUGUUGAACAAACUUUCCACUAUAGUCAAAUUAUGAUGUAGAUAUAUUGAGGAUGGAAACUGAUAGUACUUGCCUGUAUUCAGGUUUUGUUAAAUACACACACUUUUCUAGCUACACGAGUCAGCAGAAUAUUAUUCACAGCACUGUUCCCAUGUUUGAAAUAACCAAAGACCUGGUAAGUUUAGCGAGUCUUCUCACUGAAUUCACAUGCUCACAAAAACUUGUUUUCUGAUCAGCAUGUAUUUUUAUUCAAAGUCUUCAUCAAAGUAUUCAGGAGCCAUUUCCCAAACUGAGAUCAAGUCAUGUUUAAAGUCCAUCUACUAAUGAAAUAUUAGGCUGCGAGUUGGCUUGAUCUGUUUGGGAAAAACAGUCCCUCAGAUUCCAGUCACCAUUUACACGGUAUUCAAGGGUAUUUUGAACCCGUUUGUGUCCUCUACUGUCUUGUCAAACUCAGCAUAGUGAGUUUUUCUUUCCUAGAAGGUCAUGUAUUAUCUGCUCUUCAGUAAUAACAGUGUGAGGAGGUUUCACUGCUCUGCAAAGAGCUGCACAAAGUCCCUCUUCCACUAUUGUAAACUGUCAACUUAAAAAACUAAAAAGGUGAACGGGUAUAGGC